AUGAGAGCCACGGUGUACACUAUAUCUUCAAGGAUUUCAAUAUUAGACUAUUUUUUACUCUCUUUCUCUCUCUCUCUCUCUCUCUCUCACACACACACACACACACACUUUUUCAACCUCGCGUCAACGGAACAUGUCGACCGGCGGCCCCACGACCACCCUUACUAUCACUGGCGGCGCCACUACCACCACCAUCAACGGCGCCGCCACCACCACCACCAUCAAAGGCAGCUCCACCAUCACCAUCAACGCCCGCUCCACCACUAUAGACACGGUUCUCACCCUCCAAACCCUACCCGAACCCACCAAUUCCACACCUCCGACAACAUCGACUCCAACAACAAAGGCCACUUGAACUCCAUCGUCGAUCGCAUCGCCAAUCAACACCACGAACACCAAAGCAACUGGUCAUCCCCUACCUCCAAAUCAUUCAUCGAUUCGCUACCAAUCCUCAAAUUUCUAGCUGUUUCUUCAUCCAAUUCUUGCCCUAGAUCCUGCUCAAUCUGUACGAAUGACUUCGAAUUUUUUUCAGAGGUGAAUCAAUUGCCUUGUAAGCAUGUUUUUCAUCCAGAUUGUAUCGUUCCGCUCCUUCGUAGGAGCAAUUCGUGUCCCUUGUGUCGGUAUGAGUUGAGAUUGGGGAAUUUUCACGUGGAGGGAUGGGGUGUGAAUCAGGGGAGCGGUUUUCAUGAUGCAAGGUUAAGGAAUGGGUUUGUUCAGGCAAGGAUACGGUCGUCUUCUUCGUCGGUGUCCUCGCGUAACGGGCAGAUUGGGAGUGGUUUGGAGGCGGCUGGAAAUAGUGAAGACUCGGUUUCAAGCCCUUUGGUGCAAAGGGAGAGUGAUGCUACGGUUGAUGAAGAUGGUGACAUUUUCAUGCUUGAUUCAUGACUCCUUUUGGGACUAUACAGUCUUUUUGGUAUGUUUUUUUUUAUUUUUUAAUUUUCGUGACCUUCUGGUGCUUGAUAGUUGUAUUAAUUCUUUAUAUGAGAUGAAAUUUCAAAGAGAUCGAAGUUGUAAAUCUUGGGUACAAAUUGAAAGAAUUUUAUGUUGUGAUUGAUUGUAGUUUGAAGUUUUGGUUGAAAUAACAUAUAGUUAAAAGAA